CCGCUGAUCGACGCCGGGAUUUGGGUGUGGGGCGGUCCGUCGCUGGCCCGACACCCGGAGGAUGGUGAGGAGGAGGACGAGGCGGAGGUGACGGGCAGCGUGAUGUGUUUCCGGGCGGAGAGCGAGGAGGAAGUUCGGCGGUUGGUUGCGGGGGAUCCGUUUGCGGAGUGUGGGUUGUGGGAUGUGCGAGGGGCAGUGGUGGUGGCGAUGCGGUGUGUUGUUGGGGGUGCUUCUUAA